CAUCUGAAGUCGAGAUCCUGUGACCUCUCAAAUCCAAAUCAAAACACAAAUCUAAUUUCAACCUCUAACUUAGAAGUUUCCGUUAGGAAUACUGGACAAGGCGCGGUAUCCAAGCCAACUUUGGGUAGGCAAGGAACCUUGGUUGGGGAGGGUGAGGGAGAUCAAAUUGGGUCUCAAUUUCUGAACUUACGCAUCGACACAGCAACCGACGAUGACUCGCUAUCACAGGUUAGCAACGUCGAUGACAUCAGUCCGGAGGUUGAGACACUUCUACUUGAUCCUCCUCAAUCCCCCUCAUACAAUGCUUCAAUGCCGGGGAUGGAGCCGCGGAAGGUAGUAACAAAGGAGCAGAAGGCCAGGAAUGGCUACAAGCCAUCGGUUUACUAUCUAAGAAAAAUGAGGGCGAGGGACUCUUCCUCCUUCACAAUGAGGGAAAAGCACCUAAUUAGGAAACAUGAAAAGGCUGUAGCAAAGUUCGAAAGGGACAACGCUACAGCUCAAUCAUCAGUGGAACAAGGGCAAUCCAAAGUGGAAGCAAAGUUCGUUAAGGAUACCGCUUCAACUGCAGAUAAAACGGAUCUAACAAGCGCGGUCAAGAGUAGUAGCCUUAAGCUGCCACCAAAGAUCAAACCCACAGGAUCCUCUUCAAGGACACCCUCCUCUUCGACGGGCAAAGCCACAAAAAGGGCACGGUCAGAGGAAGAGACACAGAAGGACUCGAAAAAGCCUAAAUCAUCGGCCUCUUUUGAAUCCCCAAUGGAGCUGCAAGUAGCCAUCAUAGACAUAGUCGACCCUGAUGGGAAGAUAACGCCUAAGAAUUGGCUACUCGUUGAAGCGCGUCUGAUGACAGCAAUGACGGAAGCGGAUAGUGAGGAACUAGUAUUCGAUGGAGCUGUCAUAUUGAAACUCAUAGGACAGCAAAACCAGCCGCUGAAAACAUCUAAAUGGCACUAUCCUUUUUAAAAAAGGUAGGAACCAUCAAAUUCGGGAUGGGUUUUCUAAAGGUUCGGGUGCCAGGUGACAGGCCUCAAACCAGCGGAGGGAAGGCUGGAGGUAGUGCAGAUUAAUCUGCACCACUCCACCCUAGCCUCGUUCGACCUGAUGAAGUACCUCGAGGAGCGUGAUGUGGACGUGGCAAUUGUCCAAGAACCAUGGCUUGUCAAAGGUAAGGUCAUUGGACUUGGACUGAGUGGGUAUCAUCUCUACACUCCACAUGCACAAGCAAUGGAGAUCUCACAGCGGUAGUAUGUGAACAAAGGCACAGGCCCAGCUUGCUGCUAACGUCCGCAUACUUUCCGUACGAUGAAGAAGAACCACCACCAGCAGCCUUUCGAGCACUGACUGCUUAUGCAAAAUCACGAGAAUUGUUUCUGAUAGCUGGUUGCGAUGCAAAUGGACAUCACGAGCUCUGGGGUAGCAGUGAUACCAAUAGCAGGGGUGAGUCCAUUUUUGAUUUUAUUCUUUCUACUAGCC